AAUUUUUUGUGUAUCACUGAUCUAUCGCCGUGCUUCUCUUUUCUUUGCACAUGUCUGUUGAUUUAGAUUGCCUGUUGCCUCACCUAUCUCACCAUGGCCCACGAUAUCAAAAACUUUUACGAUUAUGAUAAUCUUCCUGUUCACCGUCUAGUCAACUUUAGAAAGCAUGAGGCGCUCAAACAGGCCGAGUACAAACAGCUAAGUCGGGAGGACCGCGAGGAAAGAGAAAAUUGGGAUAAGGUGCAUGAACGUAUCCAACUAGAUGCUCAUGUCCCUAUAAACUGGUUUGAAUUUACUUCUUCUAUAAACAUCGCACAUUGGUUGGAUUAUUUUGUAACUGGUGCUACUUUCGGUGGCUUUAUUAGUAUAUUCGCACAUGGUUUACCCCAUAUCCAUAAAAUGAGAAAGGCUCGGCGCGGCGACACAGGAGGCUUACACAUGAGUGUUCUGGAACUUCAUAAGAGAAGAGCUAUUAAAAACUCCUUGAGAAUGAUAUUGAAUUUUGGAGCUUUUCAAUUUGUUUUUGAGGUUUUCAGUGGAUUUCUAGAUGAUUACAACAUUCCGGAUUUUUGGACCUCCCUCGUGGCGGGAGCAUUGUCGGGGGGUAUACUGUCUAUGAAAAGAACAAAUAUGGCAGCUACUUUCAAAAGAGGAGCUAUCGUCGGCGGUGCUUUUAUCGGGGUGAUCGAGUCAUUGGUGGGUUCUUCAAUUAGUUGUCCGCCUUAUACAAAGCCAUUUGAAAAGUUGGCAGAAUUUAAAUUUAAUCCUGCAAUUGUACGAGUUCCUCCAGUACCCUAUGUUGAGCCUAAUAAUGAGCUCAAGGAGACCGUCAGUAUUUGGAAUAACAACAUCCAACUAGGCAAAACCGGAGGCUCCACGCAGUAUGCGCACGACAACCGGCUCUGGCACUGGCCUGAUUUGAACAUCGUCGGGAUAGAAGCAGGAGAAGAAACCUAUGGAAUUCCAACAAAUGAGAAAGCCACGUACAAUCUAAUCAACACAUCUAGAGCGUAUGAAAUUGGGCAGCUCGACUGGGAUUCAGAAAACAGAUCCACCGGUCGAUUUGCGAACAUUUUUCAAGGUAAAGAUAUGUACGGAAAUGUCGGUACAGUUAUCGAUGACCUUGAAAUGCAAGUACAAGAUGUCAUCGACAACGAUGUUACGUUCACAGAUCCGACUCUCAUCGAUUUAGCCGAGUGCCUUGUCGACGUGGGCGAGGAUAUAGCUAAGGCAGAAGCUCAGGGGAAAAAGGUCCUAAUAGAAAAAACCAAUGACAUAACUCCAAUACGGUAUAAUUCGAUUUAUGACAGGUGGAAUCGGUACGCAGACGAGUUAAUCCAUGCGCACACCGUUGCCAGCCGAACUUAUUCUCAAUUAUGGAACGGAUUGAAAAGUAUUGUAGAAAGGAUGCUGCCGCCUGAAAAACAGCCUCUAUACAUGGUCGAGCCCAAUUCUGAUCUGUCGCAAAAACACAAAUUUGAUAUACAAAAAAUGCGGAAUUUGGCUAUGUCCGGAAAGCUGAACGAAAUAGUAGACCGAAAACACACCGCACCCCGUACCAGCCAAUGGUCCUCAGGCUUCAUAUUCCCAACUAUGAAAGUAUUUUGGGAGGUUCAUAAUGGUAAGGUAAUGCCGCCAGGGCUGCCGUUGGGAUUGCCAAAAUGUUAUUAUUCAGGUCUACAUGACUAAUAUGCAAGCCCUUAGUCAAGAAAUUCGACUGUCUCGACAAAUUUAAUGCUGUCCGAGGCAUUCUCUUCAUCUAUAGCAUUUCAUUUCGGUCAACGCAGCUCAGAAACGCCAAUUCUGGUAUCCAACUGUGGCAGUGCAUUUGACACAAAACACAUAGAAGCCAUACAGUAGUCUCACGCAUUUAAUGUAUCAAUGUAGAUUCAUUCUCAAAAUAACUGUUGAAUUUUUGACUUCAAUAAACAUCUACCUACGCCUUGCAAACUAUUUUUUGAAGGCGUGUUAUGUGUUA